ACGCGUCGAAGAAGUGUUUUUUCUAAUGUGAACAAUACAUCUUUGUGCCGUUCGUUUUGUUCAAAAGUAAGCAAUCGUUACAUCCAUCCAAAUGGAACGCAGUUCAAAGAGAAGACAGGUGAAGCCUUUAGCUGCAUCGUUAUUAGAGGCUCUGGACUAUGACAGCUCAGAUGACAGUGAUUUCGAAGUUGGUGAUGCUUCAGGAUCAGAAGGCAGUGGGAAUGGUAGUGAUGAUGAUGGGUCAAAAGAAAGUGCUGGAGGAUCUGAAAGUGACUCAGAGGGAAAUCCAUCAGAGGAUGAGGACGGUGAGCCUAUAAGUAAGGAACAGUCUAAAACGAGUCCUGUAAAAGAUUCGGGUACUGAGGAAAAAAAUGAAUAUGAACCAUGUGAGUCUGAAGUUAAAGAGGAAGGUGCUUCCAAAACCAAGAAAAAAGUAGAAAAGAUACUAGAAGCUGAGGCCAGUGCUAGUGGUAGCACAGAAGAAUCUGCUUCUGAGCCUAAAAAAUGGAAUCUUCGAAGAAACCGACCAAUGUUGGAUUUCAUUACAAUGGAAGACCUGAAUGAGAUGGAUGAUUAUGAUAGUGAAGAUGAUAAUGACUGGCGCCCUUCUGCUGAGAAAAAAAAGGGGAAGGCUGCUUUGCAGAAAGGUGGAAGUGAAGAUGAUGAUGUGAGUGUUAGUGAUGAGGAUGAAGACAAUGAUGAUGAUGAUGAUGAUGAAAAUGAUGAGAAUGACAGCAGCAGUGGCAGUGAAAAUGAAAAUAAGAAAACAAAAUCAAAAGCGCCCAGAACAAACAGUGCAGAUGAUGAAGAAUGGACCAAUGACAGCCUUAGCCUCUCACAAGGCAAAAAUAACGAGGAUUCCUUAAUAUUAGACAAAACUCAGAACUGGAGUUCUCAGAAGAUGGAUCAUAUUUUGAUUUGCUGUGUCUGCUUAGGAGAUAAUAGUGAAGAUGCUGAUGAAAUAAUUCAGUGUGACAAUUGUGGCGUAACUGUGCAUGAAGGUUGUUAUGGAGUUGAUGGUGAAAGUGACUCCAUCAUGAGUUCAGCUUCAGAAAAUUCUACUGAACCCUGGUUCUGUGAUGCAUGCAAAAAUGGAGUUGUGCCAAGCUGUGAACUAUGUCCUAACCAGGAUGGGAUUUUUAAAGAGACAGAUGCUGGAAGAUGGGUUCAUGUUGUAUGUGCCCUAUAUGUCCCAGGAGUUGCAUUUGGCGACAUUGACAAGCUACGGCCGGUAACUCUAACUGAAAUGAAUUAUUCCAAGUAUGGUGCAAAGGAAUGCAGCUUUUGUGAAGACCCACGCUUUGCACGAACUGGUGUUUGUAUAAGCUGUGAUGCUGGCAUGUGCAGAUCUUAUUUCCAUGUAACAUGUGCUCAAAAAGAAGGACUUCUUUCAGAAGCAGCAGCUGAAGAAGACAUUGCCGAUCCAUUCUUUGCAUAUUGCAAACAGCAUGCAGACAGGUUUGAUCGAAAGUGGAAGCGAAAAAAUUACCUUGCCUUGCAGUCAUAUUGUAAAAUGACAUUGCAAGAAAGAGAAAAGCAACUUUCUUCUGAGGCACAGGCUCGAAUUACUGCCAGACUUGAACAGUAUCGUACUAAAACAGAACUGGCCCGUAACACCAGACCACAAGCUUGGGUGCCAAGAGAGAAACUACCACGACCACUUACCAGCAGUGCCUCUGCAAUUCGUAAGCUUAUGCGCAAAGCUGAACUCAUGGGAAUCAGUACAGAUAUAUUUCCAGUUGAUACUUCAGAUACCAGCUCCAGUGUUGAUGGCAGAAGAAAACAUAAACAACCAGCCUUAACUGCAGAUUUUGUGAACUAUUAUCUUGAAAGGAAUAUGAGAAUGAUACAAAUCCAGGAAGGUAUUGCGGAGCAAAAGAACCUGAAAGAUAAGAUGGAAAAUGAGCAAGAAAAACUCCACAUAGAAUAUAAUAAGUUGUGCGAGUCAUUGGAGGACCUACAAAACAUUAAUGGUAAUUUAAGAACUGAAGGACAGACUAUGUGGACAUUGCUCAGCAGCAUUCUUGGACAGAAGCUGAAUUACCCAGCAAUUUUGAAAACUCCUAAAGAAAGAAAGCCAAGUAAGAAGGAGGGAGGAGCUCAAAAGUCAUCAUCACUCCCAGCAGUACUUUACAGCUGUGGAAUUUGCAAGAAGAACCAGGAUCAGCAUCUUCUACUGCUAUGUGAUACCUGCAAGCUGCAUUAUCAUCUUGGCUGCCUUGAUCCACCUCUUACAAGAAUGCCAAAGAAGACAAAAAAUAGUUACUGGCAAUGUUCAGAGUGUGAUCAGGCAGGUAGUAGUGACAUGGAAGCAGACAUUGCUAUGGAAACCUUGCCAGAUGGGACCAAACGAUCAAGGCGGCAGAUUAAAGAGCCAAUAAAAUUUGUUCCACAGGAAGUGACUCAAGACCCAAAGAAGAUUAUAAUAAGAAAUACAAGGACUAGAGGCCAGAAACGUAAGAGAGUGUCAAUUUCGGAAGAAGAGAAGCCAGAGGAGCCACCUCCCAGAGAAAGACGACAAAGACAAUCAGUAAUGCAGAAGAAGCCAAAGUCAGAUGACCAGAGAACAGAAUGUGCUACUUGUAAUGGACCAGGAGAGAAUGAAAAUUUAGUUAGGUGUGAUGAGUGUCGACUGUGCUAUCAUUUUGGAUGUUUGGACCCCCCUCUAAAGAAAUCUCCUAAACAGACUGGCUAUGGAUGGAUUUGUCAAGAAUGUGAUACAUCAUCUUCAAAAAAUGAAGCCUCUACUAUCAGCAGUGAUGCCAGAAAUAAUCAGGAAGAAGAAGAGGAGGAAGAAGAAGAAGAAGAUCAUGAGGAUGAAGAAUCAGUUAAAGAAGAAACUGAACUGCCAGAAAGUCCAAAAUGAAUUUUAACCAUAUACUGUAGUUUGCUUUGUAAUUAAAUAGCUACUAUAUGUGUAUUAUCAUAUUUUGAUGAAAUCUUGUUUUAAUGUGAACGUCCCUGUUUAUUAUCUUGGCUUGUUAUACUGUUGCUUUCAAUGAUAUAAUUUUUUGUUUGCUUUCUUUCUUUCGAGCAACUGUAAAAAAAUCAGGAAUGUCAGAUAGCUGUACUUGAUGUAGUACUGUAGUACUACCAGCAGUUGUAAAAUCUAGCAGUUCUUUAGAAAGGAGUAUUGUCUUAGUUAUUAUAAAUGACAAACACAAAACCUUAAUACUUUACAGAAAAAUUAUUCAACCAUGAAAUCUGUGUUAUUGACAGUAUUGAAAGUUGCUAAUUUCUGAAGUACUGUAUCAGUAUCAUAUUAAAAAAUGUUCAAAUAUA